AUCAGAAAAUGCUUUGAAGUAUAGUACGGGAAACGCGCAUCAAACAGAUAUCGAUCCAGUGAGGCGCUACUGCAAGGACAAGAACGUUCCGCAUACGUAUCCCCAUCGUGCAUCUAUAGCACUGCUUCCGCCUUCGGUCUUUUGUCGAUAUCAAUCGCAUCUGAUGUUGAGCAUCCAGACGAGAUAAAGGAGCACUAUAUUGCCCCUCCGUUCAAAGUUCCAAGAAAUGACUGAUCAGUCGGUGGCUUGCAGUUUUUCGUCAACUCACAGCCGGCAUAUGACGCUUAUCUGUGGCGGCUUUCUUUUUGGCCGGUGGAGAUUAUCUCCUUACGCUUCCCUAUUUGCAUCCCCCUUGUUACCCAGCCCUACCGCCGCCUCCGGCCCAAGAUCGACCUGGGCGCUCUAUCAUUUGGGACUUCUGUCCCUCUCCUGGGUCCAGAUUGCCAUUGAAGUAUUGGAGAUAUCGGGAAAAAUUGAAAGAAGCAAGGCAGGAAUAUCGACGAUGUUCGAAAACAUAUUCACCAAAAGACCUGUGGGGGAAGAGAAUUACCUGUCAUACCUCUUAUUACAUCGCAUCAUUGAUCACAUCAUCCAGGCUCAGGUGGCUCGUCAUUCGUUCGGUUCAACCCAUGAGGCUUGAGAGGCGCAACGGUUCAGCAUCCAAGUCCAGCGACCUGCUUUAUCACAAAGAAGGUGGUGAUGAAGUAUGAACAAGACGAAAUAAUAAGCUCUGGUCCGUCCUAUUGGCUUCCCUAAUCCUGUUG